AUCCUUCGAAGGUGACCACAGUGAUAUUCAGCAAUGAGAAAACCAAAUAUGGCCUCUUCCAUGAGGAGUUUGUUUUCUGACCGCAGCAGAUGUGCUGAACCCUUUCGGAGGUUUCUCAACAAUUCCACGGAGCACCAGUGCAUGCAGGAAUUCAUGGACAUGAAGCUGCCAGGCAUAAUAGCAAGGAUUGGAGACACAAAAUAAGAAAUUAAGAUACUAAGCAUUGGCGGAGGUGCAGGCGAAAUUGAUCUUCAAAUUCUCUCCAAAGUGCAGGCUCAAUACCCAGGAGUUCGUAUCAGCAAUGAAGUUGUUGAACCAAGUGCUGAACAAAUCGCCAAGUACAAAGAGUUUGUAGCCAAGGCAUCAAAUCUUGAGAACAUAAAGUUUGUUUGGCAUAAGGAGACAUUAUCUGAAUAUCAAAAUAGAAUGAUGGAGAAAAAAGAACUUCAGAAGUGGAACUUUAUUCAUAUGUUUCAGAUGCUGUAUUAUGUGAAAGACAUCCCAGCUACGCUGAAAUUCUUUCAUAGUCUCUUAACUACCAAUGCUAAGAUUCUUACUAUUCUUGUGUCAGGAACCAGUGGCUGGGACAAGCUAUGGAGAAAGUGUGGAUCCUGCUUACCCCAGGAUGACCUCUGCCAGUAUGUCACAUCAACCGGUCUCACCCAGAUGCUGGACAAGUUGGGGAUUAAGUAUGAGUGUUACGACCUUCUGUCCACCAUGGAUAUAUCUGACUGUUUUGUUGAUGGCAAUGAAAAUGGAGACCUGCUUUGGGAUUUUUUGACAGAAACCUGCAACUUUAAUACAACAGCUGAUCUCAAAGAAGAAAUUGUGAAAGAUCUGCAAGAGCCUGAAUUCAGUGUAAAGAAUGACGGAAAGGUUCUUCUUAAUAAUAGUCUGAGUUUCACAGUGGUUGAGGCAUAAAUGUCAAUUACGAGAGUGUAUUCAAAAAUUAUAUUUUGAACAAUAAUGAUCAUUUAUUUCCGUAUUAAAAUUACAAAUAUAUCUCAUGAUAGAGUAUUGUCACUUAUAUGUAAAAUCUAGAAAAUUCCAAAACAAUCUUGGGCUUCCAUGUAGAAUCAUAUAUAAUAUUGCUGGUCUUAUCCAAUCCCUUUUCCAGGUAAAGAGGCCACAUGUAGGCUAAAUACCACAUAAGCUGGAAAAAUGACAACUAAGGUUCCCUGGCUUAUUGACAAUAAAAUCCUUUCCAUUUGUUAAUUGUACUGCAAUUCCCUAGACUACUAAUAAAGUAUCCAUGUAUUCUUUAAAAAAAUACACUCUGAUUUAGUAGGUCUGGUGUUAGGCCUGAGAUUCUGCAUUUCUAAUAAGCUCCAGGUGAUGCCAGUGCUGCUAGUCCUUGACUCAAACUUUGAAUAACAAAGUACUAAUGACUUCUGACUUCACAUAGCAUCAGGGAGCCAGAACAGAAACUCUCCACAUACCCAUUCAGCCAAAGAAAUGUAUAGACCUUGAGAAGAUUAGGAAAUUGGUGGCAUGAGGAAACAUUUGUCACCUUUACAUAUGAGUCACUGAAUUAAUGUUUGCUUUAUUAUAAUCAAAUUUAUUAACAUACCUUUAUCAUGAGAAUACCUGUGCUAUUUUGAGGAUAGUCCAGAAGAACUGAUAAAGCAGUAUAUGCUCACCUGGCAACACUGCAUGAAAACACCCAUGGGGAUUGUUAUAAAAGGCAGCGGCACCCAUUUUACACAGGUAAUGUGUGGAAGCUUCCCAGCUGUAAAUCUGUGGACAUACAUGAGCAGAGCAUCUCACUUAAAUCUCGGGUAAAGCACAUGCCUUAUAAGCUGAACCAUGAGCUCGAGUGCCAAAGGAGCACUGUUUCUUGAACCUGCCCAUUUGUGUUCUGUCCAGCAGAGAAGACUAAAGACAGUUGAUCUGCAGAUUAAGCCCCGCCAAUCAGAAUCAUGCCUGAUAUGUUAAAGAGUCUAGAAUUAGCCUGUUUUCCCUAUAUUUCAUUUCUGAGGUGACAUUCUUCAGCCCAUUAAUUAGCAGCAGUCUUCUCCCCAGUCACCACACCCAAUUCUCACUAUGUUUCCCCAGUCUUCCUGACUUAGCAGUUACCCCAGCCCCGGUUGGUGUUCCACUACUGCAGCUAAGACCAGAGCCUGGCAAAGGAUCCUAGAUAACCUGGCUUCUGGGGCCCUGAUAUUAUGCUGUUCCUGUGGGCCAUUCUCCACCUCUCCACUGAGAAUGUUGUCAGGUAGUAGAUACUACCUGUAGUCCCACUCUAACCCCAAGAACAAAGAUGCUGUCAUUUGACUAAAUGUAUUGUAAUUAAGAGUAUUGUUACUAUGUCUCACCCAAUCAAAUUGAAUCCUUACCUACUUAUGUCAACCUGGAUGGGAUCCAUGCCAUCUCUGAAACUGUGUUGUUUUAUUUAAAAAAAAAAAUUAGUUGUAUGGCCUAAUCUGUUCCCUUUCUCUCUGUGCAAUCCAUAAUAUCUUGUGGCCACACCUAGAAAUCAGAAAAACCUAGAAAUUAGUUCCCCUCUACCACUGACUUGCCAGGCUGUAUUUUCAAAUCACUUUAUAUUUCAGGACCUCACUUUUCUUAUCUAUAACAUGGAGUCAGUAACUAUAUUGCCUUCCUCACAAAAUUAUUGUCAAGAUUAAAUGGAAUCAAAUAUUACAAUGCUUUGAAAACAUGUAAGGUACUAGAAAAGUAUCAAAUAUUAUCACUGAUAUUGCAAGUUUAAUUUAGCAGAUGAAUAAACUACUUUUAUAAGCAACUUCUCUAAGCCUGGAGUAAUGAAGUGACA